AUGGCUCUCACGGAGGUUGUGAAGGGCCCACCCUUCAUAAUUAAAGCUGUCACCCUGGUUUUAUCCAUUAUCAUAGCCUGUCUCACAACUAACCAGCAAGUUGGCUUAGGUCCUUCUACUCUUGUGCGUACGGCAGUUGUCGACGGCACGAUAGUAGCUUUUAUCAUUCUAGGUAUCCUAAUCCUUAUGGGCUAUUUAAUCGGGUCUCCUCUACACCUCUACCUGAUACUACUUUCUUCAGCAGCGGGAGCUAUAUUGUUCUUGGUAUCUGGAGGACUUAUGUUGGAUUCAUACGUCCGAGACCCUUAUAAAUAUGGUGAAGUAUGCGGUGCAGGAAUACUAGCCCUUAUUAAUGGACUCGUUUACGCUGGUGAUGUAUUUCUGACAUGGAAGUACAGCUAG